AUGCCCCCCUGUGACUGUAGCAACUGUCUACCCGCAGAAGCAGAAGCCCUUUGGCUAGCACAGAAGGCUCUGACUCUUGACAACUUUGACAAAGCGAUCAAAUGGGGCGAAAUGGACCUGUAUCAAUUAUUGGAUGAUCUUCCGUUGCCACCGCCUAAUCCUGAGGCCUCAUUGCGUACGGAAAUACUCCGAUGUGGCGAAAACGACGAACUCCGCUCUUCCAAACCUCUCAAAAGCCUAGUGACUAAGUGGCUGAGUGCGUUCGAGGAAGCUUUUUACGGAUUUUACUCUAAGGACUCCGAAAUUGGGCCAUGGGACUACUUCUCAACAGGACUCGCGUGGGACUUGGCCCUAAAUAUUGAUGCAAUCAACCAGCCUGGCGAGCUGAGUCAUUUCCUGCCUGGUGAGAUCAUUGCAGGCCAAUUUGGAACUCUGUAUGAUUGUUUUGUGGCAUGGCAGGACGAAGAAGGGGCCACGGAGGCUCUUGCUCAAGCCAUUCGACGUCGUAAGGUGAUUAGGCGCAAAGGACCUUUGAAACCUCCUGUAUCAGUCGAAGGCACGGAACUAGUCAAAAAGAGAGAGGCUGCAGAGAAGGUAGCAAUCAAACAGGCCAAAUUGUUGGAGAAACAACUUGAAGACGCUCAUAAAGCGGCACAGGCGGAUGCCAAAAAGAAACGAAUAGAAGACGAAGCCAAAGAACGAAAGCGCCUGGCCGAGAUGAGAAGUAAGGCACGUGAAGAAAGGUUGGCAAAGCAGGCUACACGUGCCCCAAAGGGCACUGCAACUUGCAAGCGAGCAGCUACCUCACAAAUCGGCCCAAGCACAGAUACCCGAGUGAAAUGCAACACAAGUGCGACGACUACCCUUCCUCAGGAUAAUCACCUUCAGCCUCAUCUACCUCAUACCCACGCGACGAACCCCACCGAAAGCGAGAUGAUUGACCCUCGCUUGAGGGUUUUGGAGAGGUUUUCCUGGGCAUAUCGAAGGAAAUUCGCCAUUGAAGCGUUGGUAAUUUUGUUAGCGUUAGACUGA